UGCAUAUUCGAUUUUCCCUGAUUUUGUACAUGCUUCAAUGGCCGUCACAAGUUCUGGCGGAAACUCGUUUGAUAUUCCGUAUGCAUCGACGUCAUUUACAGCGUUUAUUCCGUUGACGGUGACUAAGGCUUUAGCAUUGGUGGACUUAGAUUUGGUGAUUGGUUGCAAGGUGUCAUUAUGUUUCAGCGGAAGUAACGACUGUACUGCGCCCUCCUGCGGUGGAAAACGACGUAAAAGGGAAACGGACUUUGCAGAUUCGGAGUCCAAUACGACACAAGCCUGGUUGUAUGAAGGUUUUCAAAUGCAAAUAGUCAAUCACGGAAAUACGCCUACCGAUCCUAGCGACCCAGAUAAUGGUGUAAUACCAACGCAACCAGGUACAAACGAUAUCUGCUUGGACAAACAAGAUUUCUGGGCUAUACUUCUAAGUUUGUUGCUAUUGUUGUUGUGCAUAGCUGUUGGUUUUUGCUGCUUCUUUCUGUUCACAAGGAGACAGCAACGUCGAAGGAAGAUGGUUGAAGCAGGCAGAAGUUCCUUCGUACCCACUACCAUCGCGUCACCUACCACGGCAACAUCAGUGUCAUCUCUCAGUACAUCAAGCGAAAGUCAGCCAUAUUUUCUACCACGAUAUGUGGCUUUUUCUGUGAAUUCAUCCGGAAAAAAAUCGAUGCUUUCAUAGUUUCAAAACAUUAUUUCUUAAUUGUUGUCAGCACGUGCAAUUUUCAUGAAGCUUCAAAUAACAUUUAACAACAAAAGUGAUAAUAUCACAAACUUAAAUAUGGUAGAAAAUUCUUUGCAUGUGAAGUCGUUAUGUCAUUCUUAUAUUAAACUUUGUUUCAAAUUUGCCCAGUGAUGUCUAAGGAAACAAAUGAACGAAAACUGGUUCCUAAUCAAUAGUUUAAGACGAUUCGGUUAUUUUCAAGUUCAAGAUUUGUUUAAAUUUCUAAAAGUCAUCAAAUUACUUUUAACCCGCUAAUACGCAUGUAUAGAUGAAUCACUUUUCAUAAAAUUCAUUCUUGCAGAUUGAUUGUCUAGAAAUCUAAAUUUAAAGUUUUGUCGAGGAAAAAUCUGUUCAC